GCUCCCAUUUCACAAUCGUCAUCAAAGCCACCAGAAUGCUGCGCCACGUCGCUCUCUCUUCGCUGCGUUGCGCGUCCCGCCGCGCCUCCACGCUUAGUGUUAAGGCUCUGUCAGCUCUGCCAUCUCUGUGCAGAUCUAAUGGUGCAGUUUUAGCAUCGCGUAACAGCCCCCUGCAGACCAUGCACUUCUCCACAGACGCUCCAGCGCCUCCACAGAUGACGGAGAACGAGUUCAUGGAGCUGGCGGACGAGACGCUGCAUGAUAUUCAGAGCUGGCUGGACGGCAUUGAAGAGAUGCUCGAAGAGUCCGACAUCAUGUUUUCGCAAGGUGUCUUGAAAAUUGACUUGGGCGAGCACGGCACGUGGGUGAUCAACCGCCAGGUGCCUAACCGACAGAUCUGGUGGUCCUCUCCGGUCAGGUACGAUAGCCAUAGGGGUGGUUUCUACGUUUGAGACUGAUACUCAUUGCAUUUUCUGGUGGUGCAGUGGUCCUCGUCGCUAUGAGUAUGACGCUGAAAGUGGCCACUGGGUGAACACGCGAGACAGAGGCGAGUUGAUGGAACUGCUGCGCACUGAGAUCCUGGACAAAACAGGCAUUGAGAUCUACACCUGAGCUGAAGAUAUGGAGGAUGCCAGAUCUGUAGCAACUUGAAAAAAAUGAAGUACAACCCAGCACAACAGGAGCUGCAGUCUUUUGUUACAUCUGCUCGCUUUAUCCGUUU